GAAACUUUCUUCCUGCUCAUGGAUGGAUGUCCAGCGAGGCUGAAGCGGUUUCUCUUGUUUUGGUCUCAAAUAAGCCUCUCUCUGCUUGUUGUUGUUGUUGUUGUUUUCUUUCAGCUUCCGUUUUUCCUUCACUGUUCUCUGCAGGUUUCCUGGCAGUUUCCCUUUUUUUCAGAUUCUAUAAUAUCUAAAGGAAUAUUGCUAAAGUGGAUUUAAAAAGACCACUACAUUAAUUCACCGAGAUGUUUUCUGCUGGGACAAGUAAUAUUUGACUUUUUCUGUCCAUGUGUAGCUUGUCGAUGCAUUUGCAUUGUCACUGGGUGCAUUGGAACAGCAAAUGGUUCGUGCUGCGCAGAAAAAAGACAGAGAUCCAGACAGAGAUCCAGACAUGUCUGUGCUCAUAGAGACAUAAAAGACAUCUCUAUCAAAACAAAGACAACCCACUACACCAAUUUUGUUCUCUGUAGGAUAGAGGGAGAGAUGAGCGCUUUGUGUCUGCAUUAUCCUGCAGAUGAUGGGGAUGGUACGAGUAUAAGUGUCUGUGUCUUGGACAAACUGAUACACACACACCCCAUCUGGCUUCUGCUUUCAAUCGACCAGCAAGAGGCCACUGGCAUCCUACUGCAGCAACCAGCUGGGGUGUUUUUAGUGUGGAAAUCAUCUGUCCUCCAAAAGAAGGUCCUGUCAUUCCACAUGGAUGGUAGCUCAGACUCCACCGUCAUUCACAUCCCUGUAAAGGAGAGUCAGUACACAUUUUCUCUACAGGGCUCAGGAAUCAGUUUUGCUGACCUCUUUCGUCUUGUGGCCUUUUAUUGUAUCAGCAGAGACAUUCUGCCGUUUACCCUGAAGUUUCCUGAUGCUAUCCACUCAGCUGAGACCCUGUCAGAUCUAGAUGAAGUGGCUCAGCAAGGAGCAGCAUUCUGGGAAUCUUCUUUCAACAAACAACAAGGGACAAUCUUUGCCCAAGAAAGGUCUCUGGUUCAGGACAACUGCUAUGAUGUCUUACAGAUAAAGGAUCAAACCUCCACACCAAAUGGGAAGCUAAAUGUCCCACUACCACUGACUAACACCUGCCCUAAUACCUCAGAGGUUGUAAGAAGUUGCUUCAGCAGUGCUUUGUCUUUUAUCAACCCUGUCUUUCUCAAGACACAGCAAGAUGUCACAGGAAAUUCAGAAACAGUGAUCUCAAAGGACCCAACAGCAGAAAACGGAAAAUCUCGUCCCCCUCCUCCACCAAGACCACCUCCUCCUCGUAUUUUAGUUCAUAGUCCUACUGCAUCCCCAGGUCCGAGGACUAUGCCUUUGAGUGCUGGCAUUACCAGAAUGAGUCAGAGACGCAAUCCUCUACCACGACAAGCACCAGACAUUGACAGCUACCGCUGCUCUAUUGCGUUAGAUGACGAGACCAUCUCUAGAGCCCUUUCUCAAGCCAAUCGGAACCAUACAACGCCUUUUAACCCGACCAGCAGCACCAUCCUGCAGCAAUGGACUGGACCCGAAGAGAAAGGGCGAAGCUCAAGUGGUCAAAGCUUGUCCACUUCCUCAUUGGAUUCUUUGGAUUCUCCUCCUCAUCCUCUCCCUAUGGGACUAUCCCAAAGUGUUGGCAAAGGCCUCUCCACGGAUGACAGCAGUGAUGAAUAUGACGACGAAGAGGACAACUACGGUGUGGGACUUGAACGGGAUCUGCAUCUUCGCCUUCGUGCUUCCCGCAUGUCAAAGAAACUCCUGACGGUCGAACUAGUGGGGGCUCAACCGAGGUCUCUUGUUAUCCCACGAGCACUAAAGGGACACUUUCGUAAGGUCCAAGGUGUUUUCAGUGUGCUGGCUACACCUGAAAAACGCAUCUUGCUCCGGAUUAUUGAGUUGUCUCAAGACAAAACUUCCUACUUUGGGUGCCUGGUGCAGGACUAUGUGAGCUUUGUGCAGGAGAAUAAAAACUGCCCCUCGUCCAGCCAGGAUCUUCUGCAGACCAUCCGGCAGUUCAUGACCCAGAUGAAAGCUUACCUCAAACAGAGCUCAGAAAUGGACCCACCUAUAGAGUCGUGCAUACCUGAGGAUCUGAUAGAUCCAGUGUUGGAGAAAGCCAUGCAUAAGUGUGUGCUGAAACCUCUGUACGGCUGCUUGCAGUCUGUGUUGCGUGACUUCCAGGAGGCCGGUGGAGUGUGGCAGAGGCUGCGGGAGAAUCUGGCCCUGGCCAAGGCCAAACAUCCUCACGAGCUAGGUGUGAAUGGAACCCGGCCACCAGACGCCCACGCCAUCCACAGGAUCCACCGAAAACUCCGAGCCAUGUGCCAGAUGUACUCACCUGAGAGGAAGAUUAUGGUGCUGUUAAAAGUCUGCAAACUCAUCUACAACAUUAUGCAAGACCAUGAAGUGCGGAUGUUUGGAGCAGAUGAUUUCCUACCCAUGUUGACAUAUGUGUUGGUCCAGUGUGACAUGCCUCAGCUGGACACUGAGAUCCUGUAUAUGAUGGAGCUGAUAGAUCCCACAUUACUGCAUGGAGAAGGAGGAUAUUACCUCACCAGUGCAUACGGAGCAAUGUCACUGAUUAAGAAUUUUCAGGAAGAGCAGGCAUCACGAAUACUGAGCUCUACAACACGCGACACACUCCACCAGUGGCACCGGCGUCACACACUACAGAGAAACCUGCCCUCAGUGGACGACUUCCAGAACUACAUGCGAGUGGCUCUGCAGAAGGCAGAUAGCGGCUGCACGGCUAAAACCCUCCAGGUGCAGCCCAAUGCCACGACGGAAGAGGUGUGCCGCCUUUGUGCGCUCAAAUUCCACGUGUCUGAUCCAGAAAACUACGGCCUCUUUCUCUACACAGAUGACAGCAGCCAGCAGUUGGCCGCAGACACACACCCACAGUGGAUAAAGGCAGAGAUACAUAGUCGACCGAACCGUCAACACUUUUACUUUGUCUACAAGUCGAUACCCAACAUGAACUGUUCGACUCCUUCGUCUUGAGUGCUGGACAUUUCCUGAACACUCAGUAACUGGAAAAUGUUUAAUGAAGGUGUGACUUUAAGGAAUGUGUAUAAAGAUAGUAAAAUGUAAAAGUCUCAUGUACUCAGUGGCUCAAGAAAAAAUGAUGUAAUUGCCACUUUACAUGAAUAGAAACAUUCCACUGAAUGACUGCAGUCAAUCUGAGUAAAAAUUAGAAUUCACAAUGGUUCUUUUCUUAUUUUUAUAAUUACCGUAUUUUUCUGACUAUAAGUCGCACCUGAGUAUAAGUCCCAUCAGUCCAAAUAUACGUCAUGAUGAGGAAAAAAACAUAUA